AUGUACCAAGAGCACUAUGAUGCUCUCUUCUCCAUGGACUUCAUGGACACCAAGUACCCACAUGUUGACACAAUGAAGGCCCUUGGAAUCUUUGAAGAUGUGGAGUUUCUCAAGAACAUGCACUUGGCCAAGCUCUUCUCUUAUCACAUGGAAUCCUACAAGGAGCUCACUUGCGAGUUCUUAGCUUCAAUGAGGUACCACAUGUAUGAAGAGGAAGAUAGAGCUGAUUUGGACCAAGGAUUGGGAUGGAUCACGUUCUUGGCUAAGGGAGAGAAGAGAAUGGUGACCUUUAGGCAGCUGGAAAUCUUGUUUGGGUUCAACUAUGGAGAGGGACCAAGUGGAACUUCAAGGAAAAGGAACUCCAAAG